CUCCGGCGAGAUCGAGCGGCUACGGCAGACGGCCAGUCUUCUCGCAGAUCGCAAGCCGCGUGGGCAGAUCGAUCUCUUUGCGAUCUCGCACAAGCUACACCGCGUCUACCAGUCCACUGCACGCGCGAUUCAGAAGAGAGCAUCGAAUAAUUAACUUCUAGUCGUAGCCGCGAUGACACCGUGAAAAAGGGAAAGAUAGAGAGAGAGAGGUGGUAAUCGUCGCGAAGAAAUAUUCAACGCGGAUAUCGUUCGAUCACUCGUAUGCCAUCUGCGUUGUAAAAAAUCGCUUUCCGACAGCGACGCAAUCCCUUGGCGUUUCCGACACGUGUUACAUUAAUUGCGAAAGACGUCUGUUCACCGCUCGCUCGGUAUCAGAUGCGUAUGCAAAAUACAAGGGGGUGGCGGGCCGUCCUCGUCGGCUUCGCCGUAGUUUGCCUGGCUAAUUUGCGAUUAGCUUUCUGCGAAAAGGAAUCGGACAGCGAAAGAAAGGUGCACUCAGAAGAACCGCGACAACACACGUGCUGUGCCCGGCACGAGAAGAUGAUCGACGUUGGAUACGGGAUAUCCGGGGAAAUUAUUCAGAUCGACGCCGGGCAUUGUCGAAAAUUGUGCCCGCGACAUGUGUCAGACGAUCCCGGGGACGCAAGUCGACCAGCGGUGCAGAAAUGCUCUUCGGAAUCCCAUUGUCGAGCGAGGGCCGCGAAAUUGGAGAGAGUAUCGACGUUGCAGGGUGUCCGCGUCAUCGAGACUAUCGACGCGUGCGAGUGCUCGCCAGAGGCGUCUUGCAAAAGGGAAUCCUACGUUCAACUUGUGCAUUCCGGCACACCGCAUCAGGCCGUCAUGGAUGUCGGAGUUUGCACUGGGCAUUGCGGCAAAGAUCUGGGUUGCAAGCCAGUUCGGAAUAGCACAAUUAGCAUCAAAGGACCAAACGGUGACGAAGUCUACCAGGUGAUUGAGAAGUGCGGUUGCGCCGGCAACUGCCACAGGAUGGAUCACAUGGAGACCGUGCUGGAUUACAGCGAAGUGGCGAUUAAAGAGGGCACAAACACGACCGACGUCAGACCCGUGGUCCGACAAAUAAACGUCGGCCAAUGCGUCGGCACGUGUCCAGGGAAUGAAACGGAAACGUGUCUUUUGCGCGACAAAAAGGAGCCAUCCAGAUGCCUGGCCGGUUUAUAUUCGAAGCAGCAUUCUUGUACACCAGCUAGAUUUAAGGUGCACGAGUACAGAACUCGACGAGGUGCGAAGAGAGAAAUAAUUCAGAUCACUCAGUGUGCCUGCGUCUAGAUUUUGCUAGAAAUUACCAUUUCGCCGCGAGUCGCGUUGUUUCCUCGGAUCGAAGGCGAAUCGAGAAAUAUGACAGUGUAUUUAGAUAUACUUCGUGCGCAUACUCAUGUUCCUAGGUACAUCAUGUACUAAUCCAUAUGUCUAAUAAAUCAAUGAUGUGUCUCCUA